ACCACUUCCUUCAAGUCUCUAUCUCUAAACUCCUCAUAUCAAAAUCUAUAACAAAUGGCAUCUAGCUCAAUGUCAGCAUCUAGUUCAUGGAGUGUUAAGGACAACAAAGCCUUUGAAAGAGCUUUAGCGGUUUAUGACAAAGACACACCAGAUCGUUGGUACAAUGUGGCUUAUGCUGUUGGUGGAAAAACUCCUGAGGAAGUUAAGAAACACUAUGAACUUCUUGUUGAAGAUGUUAAGCGGAUUGAGUCAGGGAAAGUUCCGUACCCAAAUUACCAGAAAAAUUCAGUCUCUCAACAAGAGAAAAGGAUGAGGAACUUGAGCCUUCAUUGACGACCAACAACUGUGUCAUCAACAACAAAAACAGAUUUACUUUUUUUGUUUUUUUAAACAAUCAACAAGUUUUCAAGCACUGAGGAGGUGUUUUGUCUCACACAGUGAUAAUGUAAAAGUAGCAUUAGAGUAUAUUAGUCAUAAGAAUCAUAUUUUAUUAUGAUUCCAUUCUUAA